AUGGGCACAAUCGUUGCAAAGAGCGGCGAUGGGUGGACGUGCGAGCUGGAGGGCCAGAAGAUCCGUCACAACUUCAAAGGCGCCUACCUGCAUGAUCCGGCCGACCCGCUGGGCCUCGGGGGCGGGACUACUGGGCUGCAGCACUUCAGCAGCGCCCGUGUUAGCAUCAUCCCGCGGCAGAUCUAUGUGCUGAUAAAGAAGCUGCGGCGUGCUGAAGGCUUGGGCCUCACCAGCGACGUGCAGGCGAUGGCGGCUCUGAUUGAUGAGCUGAGAAGGGAGGGCUCUGUGCUGUUCUACCAGCCCUACAAACAGGCUGGCAGGCGCAGCGGGGAGCAGCCGCUGGUGAUUGUGAUGCAAGUGUCCUUCCAGGCGCGCAUGCUGGACCAGUUUGGGCGGCGGCUGGUGUUCAUGGACGCCACGUUUGGCAUCAACAAAUACGGCUACCCACUCUACGCGUUGGUGGUGCAAGAUGAGAGCGGGCGCGGGGUGCCGGUCAGCUUCAUGGUGUGCAGCUCGGAUACGGCGGAGGUGGUGGAGCACUUCCUGCGCACAUCGAUGGAAGGGGCACAGGCGGCAGGGGAUGGCACCUUCAAGUACAAGUCCAUCAUGAUCGACAAGUCGAAGACGGAGAUUGCAGCGGUGGACCAGCUGGUGUCCACCGGGCAUGCCGAAGGAUACCUGCUCUGCUACUUCCACUUCCUGCAAGAUUGGGAACGCUUCCUCAGCAGCGGCGACGCGGGUGUGCCUAAGGCUGAGCGGCACCGCAUCAUGCUGGCGCUGGCUCGCCUAGCCCACAUGCAAGACCAAGCGCCGUUCAAACAAGAGCUGGCCUUCUUCAUCUUGAGCAACAGCCAGCAGCACCUCCCGGGACAGUGUAGCUGGCCUCACAGCGCGCUGCGGUGGUCCAGGGCGGGCGGUCUCGCCAUCCGGCAGUGCACCCUUGUCACCCUCGUCACCCUCACCGACACCACCAGAAGCGGCUCCGGCGUGGUUGGCUCGGCCGCGCAGCGCAGGCUCGCCACCCUCGCAAGCAGCCGGAGGAAGGAGCGGGCAGCGCUGGUGCCUUGGCAGCGGUGGAAGACCAGCGGCGGCGGCGGCAGGUUGGCAGCAGCUGCUUGA